AUGUUCUGUGAACUUAGUCCUGAUUCUACAGCUCCAAAGACAUGGGAGGACGACUUGUAUUACGACGAAAUCGAAAUCCACAUCCCCAACCCAGCUCACGAAAACGAGUUCUUCUCGUUCAGAGUCAAGUCGUACAUCAAGUGGAACCGGAUCAAGCAAUCAUAUGCCGACUUGACCGGCGCCGACCCCCACACUAUUCAUCUGUUCUUUGAAGGCGAGCAAGUGGACGCACACGACGAGUCGUCGGUACUGGAGACUCUCGUCUUACGGGACAUGGAUGACGAUGUCAUGUUCAUUGAAGUGGGGCACGAGUCUGAUACUCGGUCAUGA